AUGGCGCGGCGGCAGCGGCUGGCGCAGGAGGCGGCGGCGCUGGCGGGCGCGGUGCGCGGCGCGCUGGGGCCGCGGGGCGGGCGGGCGCUGCUGGUGCGGGCCACGGGCCAGGCGGUGCUCACGCGGGACGGGCGGCGCCUGCUCGAGGCGCUUAGCCUGGAGCCGCCGACCGCCAGGAUGAUGGCGGCCUGCGCCUGCAGGCACCGCGCCGCGACGGGGGACGGAGCCAAGACGUUCGUGGUGCUGCUGGCCGGCGUGCUGGGCGGCCUGUGCGCGGCGGGCGGCGGCCUGCGGCGGGCGCUGCAGGCCUUCGAGGCGCAGGUGCUGGAGCGGGCCGUGGCGCAGGGUCUGCGGCGCCACCUCCUGACGGCGCUGCCCGGGCGGGAGGGGGAGGCUGAGGCGGCCGCCCUGGAGGCGCUGCUGGAGGCCUACCUGGCUGGGCGGCUGGGCCCGGGCGAGCGGCGGCGCCUGGCGCGGCUCUGCGCCGAGCACUGUCGCCGCUGCGCCCCGGCCGCCGCCUCCCGCCCGCAGGCGCUGCGCCUCCUCGGCCGCCGCUUCGCGGAGCUGCACGCCGCCGUGGCCGGCCUCCCCGUGGCGAGCUCCAUGGUCCUGCCCGGGCUCGUCCUCCGCAGGGAUUUUGCGACCUACAGCCCGGCAGGAGGGGAGCUGCGGGCCGUGCUCGUCACCGAGCCGCUCCGGCCCGCCCUCUCGGCCCCCAGCGUUGAGUUUGUUGUCGACUCCGAGGGUCAGUAUCAGGCUUCCCUGCAAUGGAUCACAAGGAGGACAGAAGCCUUAAUGAAACACCUGCAGAGCAACAACAUCAAGCUGUUACUGUCGAGCGUGAAGCAGGAGGAAGCAGUUAUUUCCUAUGCGAAAUUAUACGGUAUAUCCGUGGUAGAGUGCUUAUCAUCGGAAGAAAUGGCCCUUAUUUGUGAAAUCACAGGAGUCUCGCCUUGUGCACCGUUUGGUGAUAACAUGCUCGGAGGAAUCACUGAAACUGCAGUGGCAACAUUUUGCCAGCCCUUGCUGCUCGGCUCAAAGAGAUGUGCUCACAUUGGCUUCACCAGUGUGUGCACCUUUCAGCCCCAUUGCCUCAUUCUUUGUGGGCCGGUUGAUAGUGUUAAUGAGCAGCACGCUGCUGCUUUACAAGAGGCAUUUAUAAUGCUGCAACAGCUAUUUAAAACAGCUGAACAGAGGGAGGAAUGCAAAGCAGAAGGUGAAAGCCGGAGUGAAGCCUUGGGUGUUUGCAGUUGGCCUUGUUCAGCUACUCAGACGCAACUUGCAAUAGAAAAUAAUUAUUGUAACAGUACUCAGGUUCCUGAAGGUCAAUCAAAAGCACAUAGGGAUGGAGCAGAGACACAGAUUGUAGACCCAGAUUUGCAUGGAUGUGAUAAUCCAGUAUGUGUGCAAACAGAUUUGCCAGUACUCUCAAGUCCCAUCUUGCACAUCAAGGAAUUCAGUGGUGCCACUGAAGGAGAUGGCUCUUCACGAGGUGUACAGGAACCGCAUGCAGAAUGCGAGCGUCUGGGUGCCAUGCACCUGAACUGUAAAAGUGAUUCUCUUGUGGACAGUCAGAAGCACCACAGCACUGCUGUAUUAGCAUGUAAUGCUAAUGCAGGCACUGCAUGUGAAAGCCUAGGUGCUGGCAAAGACCUAGAGAAAACCAGUUGCAAUAUAGUCCCAUUAAAACAAGGAGAGAGUUGUGUAAGCACUGCACAGAAUUAUUCUGGCUCCCUCAUAAAAGCAGGAUCAGUUUUGCCAGUAGGAGGUUACUUUGAAGUCCUGUUACAUUAUUAUAUUCAGUACUACGCAAAACAGUUCCAGCAGUCAGAGGUAGCUGUUGUAUCUAAUGUAGUUGCUGAUGCUCUGCUAAGUAUUCCCAAGACCUUGUACGGGACAACAGAACAAAACAGCUUUACCAAAUUCUAUCUCAGAGCCAUAAAUUCACUUAGAAAAAAUGAGCCACUGCCUAUGAAUGGGGAAGGCUUAGAAUCAGUGUAUUGCAAAUACCACUUAGUCAUCUCAGUUCUUCAUUGUGUUACAGAGCUGCUCUCCAUAGAUUUAAUAAUUGGUAUUAAGCGGCCACUGCAAAAAGCUGAGGAUUAUGACUCAGAGAAUGACUUCUGAAAUCUCUUAAUAAAGAAUGUUUUUCAUUAUGUAUUUUUCCUGUGCCAUCUUGUCAAAAGGAUGCGUCUCAAAAGUCAGUGCUAGAGAAUGAAAGGUACCUUUUUAGGCCCAGAGACCUAAUGUGCUUCUUUCCUCUAAGAAGAAGAGGAAGAGAAAGGCUCACCAGCUGAGGUUUGUGGAAAGCUGAGUUGUGCACUUGCAAGUUAUAAGCAAGGGGGGAUUUUUUAGCCUUCAUAAUAGGCUGGAUUGAAUGUUACUUUAGAUAAAACUAUUUUUGUAUAUAUUGUGGUUUUAAAUGUAAUGGGAAAAACAGAACUGUUGUUGGUCUGUUCAGUGUAGGGCAGGCAGAGGUAGGCCGCUGCAGGAUAUCCCAGUGAAGAAUUUUCUCACCUGACAGAAGAUGCAGCAUUUGUGUCCUUCACUGAGUUCGCUUCAGUCAGACCAGUAGAGAUACGAAUAAUUUCAUAUUGUGACUGGCUGGCAUUUGCUCUGGCAAAUUAGUUUAUGUGACACUACUUAGUACAACUAUUAAUUUCAACUAUGCUGGGUUGAGUUGUGGGGCUACUAUCAAAAGCUGCGUAAAAGUUUACAUAAUGCAGUUUUGUGUGAAAAACCUGAGGUGAUUUUUCAGUUCAGACUUUGACCAUUUGGGGUUUUAUUCUGGCUUUUUUUGGUUUGGCUUUUAUCCUCCCUUUUUUCUCCCCCAAGAUUUUCACCCUAACAAGAGUUUCUUUCAGCUCAGUAUGACAUGGGUGUCAGUACACCUCCCCUUCUGCCGUGUCUUAAAAUUACAGGUUUGGUGGGGGAGGCUUUUGAGGAACCGAACAGCUGCAGCUGAUAACAGUGUCACAUUGGUUCUCUGUGCCAUUGCCAGUACUGAGCAAUGCUUAGAAUAACUGGGGAUUUUUUAGUCUGCCAUUAAAUAAAAUGUAGUGACGAUAUUUGAAAUCACAGGCAUAAAUCAUAUUUAUGUUAUACCUGAGAUGAUUACAGCUAUCAGGUUUUUUUUUUAUCACCAUUAAUUUAUGCUGUUACUUUCCCUUCUUCAGUUUCUUCAGAAGGGUCUGUGCACUAUCUACCAAAGUUCCUUCAGGCAUUUUGGCAGCAAUGCUUUGCUGGAGUACAAUUUUCUGUUGAAAGUUUAUAUAUAUUCUUAGUAAUA